UUACUUUUUGAACAUGAUUGGAAUCAUCCAAGACUGGCUUUUGAGUCAGUUAGCUAUAAAUUUCAACAUAAACUCUAUAGCAAGUAAUAAUAUAUUUCAAGAUGGACGUGUUUUUGCCGACAUUUUGCAGAAAUAUGGGCUGCUUGACCACAACUUUAACCUUAAUAUAAUCCCAAAUAAAGAUCCAGAUCAGUGCAAAGUUAAUCUUAAACUGCUGAAACCUAUUUUUGAUCUAUUGGGAGUUAACUACAAUGAGACUGUAAUAAGAGAUAUUGUUGAAAAUAAUUCCUCAGUCAUAUUAAAACUUCUUUAUGAACUGUAUGUUUGUCUUGAAAACAAACAACACUUGUACUUUAUAAAACAACAAAACUAUGGCAGAGUAAACAAAAAUCUUAUUCAAUGUUUGGAAGAAAAAGAGAUUUCUGCAAAUAUUGUUAAGUUAGAACAUAAGUCUGAGCUAAACUGUUUUGAAAAACCAUUGAUACAAAAUAGAGACAUUAUUAACUGGUAUAAAAUGAAAUAUCAAGUGAUAAAAAAAGGGAUUGAUGAAAAAUUGCAGAAGGUAAAGGAGGGACUUUGUCUAGAAGAAAUAAAUAUUUUUAAAUACAAUGAAAAACCAAGAUUGUGUCCAUGUGCUUGUGAUACAAAAGAGGAAAACUGUUUUCUUCCUGAAUUGGACACAUUUGUUAAAUAUGAUAAUGAGGACACUCUCCUAAGCUACGAUCAGUUUAUAGCGUUAUUUAAGAAAAAGUUACAGCAUGAUGAAUCAAAGAAAAGUAUUCAGAAUAACAUUCAGAAUGACUUACUGUCUGAGACAUGGAACAAAAUAAUGGCAAAAGAAAAAGAACUAUAUAAUUCAGUAUUCUCUGAAAUACUACUUAAACAAUCUCAGUAUGAAAAACAGUUAGUAAGUAAAUUAAUUCAAACCCAGUCUCAAAUAAAAAUACAAAAUGAAAAUAAUGUUCUAGUUCAAAAGAAUCUUCAAAAUGAGCAGGAAAAUCAGUUAGCUUGUGAUUUCAAAUUCAAAGAAGAUUUUGAGGCUCUUAAGAACAUGUAUAAAAAUGAACAAAAAAGAGUGUUAGAAUUGCAUAAAAAACUUUACAAAGAAAAGAAAAAUCUUAUUAAGCAAAGAAAUUUUUCACUGUGCUGUGAUAUAGUUGAUGCGUUAGUAGAUUUAGCCAUUAAUACAUCUGAAUAUAAUUCAAAUUAUGGAGUAUCUGUACCUAAAAGUUUAUGGAAUGACUGGAUGCAUUUAUUUAUUCAGUCACAGCCCAUUCAUACCCCUUUUCAAUUAAUGGAAAAUGACAUAAUUGAUGGUAAAAUCAUAAAUUACGAUGAUGUCAUUAAUUUUGAAAGAGAACUUGACGGUGUUCUUAAUGAAAAUGAUGUUGAUGAAUACUUGUUUACAUAUGGACGUUGGUUUUAUGAAGAUGUUGGAUUUGAACACGAAAUACUUAAUGCAAACUGUCUAGCUUUCAUUGUUUAUCGUCUACUGUCCUUAAAGUAUCCUCUCCCACCAUCUCCUUUGCCUGCUGAUCUGCCACCUUUUAAAUUAGCUGGAGUUUUAAUUGAUGUUUAUAAUGCAGACUGCAUUGAUAAACUUAGAACUUUACUCUCAAAACCACGUGUUCAUGUAUUUGAUACUGAAAUUGCAAUAAAACGAUGUAUUGACAUUUUUCUAAAGGAAUCUGCCCCUCCAGUAGAAGAAAAGAUCAAAGGAAAAGGACAUAAAUCUGCAAAAAAAGCAAAGGGCGAUAAAAAAGGAAAAAAAGAAACAAAGUUGCCAACAGAAGAUAAUACAUUAAAACUUAACAAUCUAACUGACAAAGAAACACAAACAUCCGUCAUCAAAGAAGAAGAGGACAAAGAGCCAAUCAGAACCACAAUGGGGAUAAUUGGUGAAAAAAUAUCAUAUCAAUUAAAAAGUGGGUUAUCGAUUGAUGAUGAUUUACUGACCUCUGUUAUUAUUGAAUAUCUGAAAACUCUUGAAGAUUGGGAAGGGUGGCUUCUACUUAAUUAUCCACUGACUAUAAAUCAAGCAUUCACUAUAGAACUUGCUCUCACUGGGAAGUAUCUGCCCAUUAAUGAUUAUGCUACUGAGAAAAAUGAAGAAGUACAAGAAAGUCAAGAUCAGUUUGUUGAACAAAGAAAAUCUAAGUUACUUUCUUGUCCAAUAAGUGACAAGGACUCAGCACUUUUUAAAACAUAUUUCUCUUUUUUUAUAAAAGCAAAAGAAAGUGACAAAGUGUCAGAAAUACAAUUGUUUACUCCCAAGGACAGCUCAUUAUCACUCGAUGGAAACAAUUUCGAAAGAAAUGAUGAUAUGCAAAAUGAUCUGGAAUUGGAAGUUUUACCAACAAACAUUUUAGAAAUGUUGUAUAAGGACCAAGAAAUUUAUAAAGAGUUUAUUUAUGAUUCUUUUGAUAUAACAACUAUAAAGAAACUGGCGAGAAUGAUACUUAACGACGAUGGUAUCGAAGCUACUAAUUCAAUUGAUUUGUUUGGAGAGGAAUUUCUGAAUAAAUUGACAAAAGGUAAACAAAAAGAUCAGAAGAGAAAGAAAUCUUUACCAAGCAAGAAACAAAAAUUAGGAAACAAUGACAAGAAAAAGGGUAGAAAAAGUAAAAAUAUCAGUGAGCCGUUAGAAACAAAUGUUGAAGAUAUUACUAAAACUAAUGAAGAAGUUACCAAUUUGGAAAAUAUUGAUAUAAAAACUGAGACCACAACUGAAUUUGAUUUGCAGUCAAAAGCCAUAAAUCCUGGAGAACAAGACUGGCAAUACAUUUCACUACCCAUUAACAAUCAAAUAGCAGUGUUGCUUGCGACAGAGUGGGAAAAUAUUGAAAAUUGCUAUAUAAACAAUUUGUUAGACAUUUUUUUUGAAAACCGUAUGAUUAGUUUACGUCUUGUUCCAUAUUCAACUUAUGUCCAAGAGGAAGUGAAAACAGUUAUGAACAAAGAUGACUUAAAACAAAAUGUGGUAGAUGUUUUUCAAAACUAUUAUAACAAUAUAGAAAGACAUUUGCGUGAACUACCUGAUGUGAAAAACCAACUGCAUUGUAAGGUACUUGAAAUGCAACAAAACCUCUGGCAACUAGCUGAUGACAAGAAAGAAGAGACAGAGAGUAAAAGACAGGAAGUGAUAUUUCAAAACUGGUUAGUUACUCAGUUGUGCAUGUUAAUAAAUAACUACUUAUCCUUUGUUCAAACAGAACUAACCAGAUCAAUAGAGACUAUGAAACUAAUUAAUGACUAUUAUCUUAGCAUGCUUAAUAGAGAUCUCCCA